GCCAAACAGCGGCGCUCUGGCUCUUCGGAGGCGCCGCUCUCUCGAGCGCGGACGUGUCGUUGUGGGCGCGUUUGGCGCGCGGUGGCGGCUGAGCAGCCCCGGCCCUCGGCCUGCUGGUGCCGCCUUUCCCCCCUCUCUUUGCUUGUGGGCGCUCGCUUGCACAGGACUUCUCCUUCCCGGGCAAGGCGGCGCUGCCUGGAAAGCACCAGCGGCAUGGCGGCGGCGGCGGCAGGCGGGGUUCCCGGGCCCGUGGCUCAGGGGCUGAAGGAGGCGCUGGUGGAGACCCUGAACGGGAUCCUGUGCCCGGUGCAGGGGGUGCGCGCUGCCGCCGAGGAGCAGGUGAAGGUGCUGGAGGUGACCGAGGAAUUUGGUGUUCACUUGGCAGAAUUGACUGUAGAUCCUCAAGGAGCACUGGCCAUUCGUCAGCUGGCAUCUGUUAUUUUGAAACAAUAUGUGGAAACUCAUUGGUGUAACCAGUCAGACAAGUUUAGACCUCCUGAGACUACAGAAAGGGCAAAAGCUGCCAUUAGGGAACUACUUCCCAAUGGUUUAAGAGAAUCGAUUAGUAAAGUGCGUUCAAGUGUUGCUUACGCAGUUUCAGCAAUAGCACAUUGGGACUGGCCUGAGGCUUGGCCUGAACUUUUUAAUUUGUUGAUGGAAAUGCUGGUCAGUGGGGAUCUGAAUGCAGUACAUGGAGCUAUGCGGGUGCUUACAGAGUUUACUCGGGAGGUGACUGACAUACAGAUGCCCCUUGUCGCUCCAGUUAUUCUACCUGAGAUGUAUAAGAUAUUUACAAUGGCAGAGGUUUAUGGUAUUCGUACAAGAUCACGUGCUGUAGAAAUCUUCACCACUUGUGCCCAUAUGAUCUGUAACAUGGAGGAGUUGGAAAAGGGAGCAGCUAAAGUCCUGAUUUUCCCUGUGGUACAGCAAUUCACAGAAGCCUUUGUGCAGGCUCUGCAAAUGCCUGAUGGUCCUACAUCAGACAGUGGGCUUAAAAUGGAGGUUCUAAAGGCAGUGACGGCUUUAGUGAAGAAUUACCCAAGGCACAUGAUUUCUUCCAUGCAACAGAUUCUUCCCAUUGUUUGGAAUACACUUACAGAAAGUGCAGCCUUCUAUGUGAGAACAGAAGUAAAUUACACAGAAGAAGUAGAGGACCCAGUGGAUUCUGAUGGUGAAGUUUUGGGCUUUGAAAAUCUAGUCUUCAGUAUAUUUGAAUUUGUUCAUGCUCUCUUGGAAAACCACAAGUUUAAAAGCACAGUAAAAAAGGCUUUGCCAGAAUUAAUAUAUUACAUCAUUCUUUAUAUGCAAAUCACAGAAGAGCAAAUAAAAGUCUGGACUGCAAACCCACAACAGUUUGUUGAAGAUGAAGAUGAUGAUACAUUUUCUUAUACAGUUAGAAUUGCUGCACAGGACUUAUUGCUGGCUGUGGCAGCUGAUUUCCAGAAUGAGAGUGCAACAGCUCUGGCUGCAGCAGCCACAAGACACUUGCAAGAAGCUGAGCAGGCAAAGAACAGUGGGGCUGAACACUGGUGGAAGAUACAUGAAGCUUGCAUGCUGGCUUUAGGUUCAGUCAAAUCUCUUAUCACAGACAGUGUGAAGAAUGGCAGAAUACACUUUGAUAUGCAUGGAUUUCUAACAAAUGUUGUUCUUGCAGACCUCAAUUUGUCAGUGUCUCCUUUUCUGCUUGGUCGUGCUUUAUGGGCUGCAAGUCGAUUCACAGUUGCAAUGUCUCCAGAACUUAUCCAGCAAUUCCUACAAGCUACAGUCAGUGGUCUUCAUGAAACGCAACCGCCUUCCGUGCGAAUUUCUGCAGUAAGGGCUAUUUGGGGCUAUUGUGACCAGCUGAAGAUUUCUGACAGCACCCAUGUCUUACAGCCUUUCCUUCCCAGUAUCCUUGAUGGACUAAUCCAUUUAGCAGCUCAAUUUAGUUCAGAGGUUCUGAAUCUUGUGAUGGAAACCCUUUGCAUUGUUUGCACAGUAGAUCCAGCCUUUACAGCAAGUGUAGAGAACAAGAUAUGUCCCUUCACCAUAGCAAUCUUUCUCAAGUAUAGUAAUGAUCCUGUUGUGGCCUCUCUUGCCCAAGAUAUCUUUAAGGAAUUAGCACAAAUAGAAGCUUGCCAAGAUGCAAUGCAGAUGAGAUUAAUCCCAACUCUUGUUAGUAUCAUGCAGGCUCCUGCUGAUAAGAUUCCAGCAGGGCUUUGUGCUACUUCGAUAGACAUUUUAACAACUGUUGUGAGAAAUACUAAACCCCCUCUUUCAGAGCUCUUAAUAUGUCAAGCUUUUCCUGCUGUGGCUCAGUGUAGCUUGCACACAGAUGACCAUGCUACUAUGCAGAAUGGUGGCGAGUGUUUGCGUGCAUACAUCUCAGUAGCUCUGGAACAAAUUGCUCAGUGGCACGAUGAGCAAGGCCACAAUGGAUUGUGGUAUGUGAUGCAGGUGGUGAGUCACCUUCUAGACCCACGCACCUCAGAGUUCACAGCUGCCUUUGUAGGCAGGUUAGUUUCCACAUUGAUUUCCAAAGCAGGAAGUGAAUUGGGAGAGAAUUUGGACCAGAUUCUGAGAGCAAUUCUUAGUAAAAUGCAGCAGGCUGAAACACUUACUGUAAUGCAGUCUUUGAUCAUGGUAUUUGCUCACCUGGUUCAUUCUCAGUUGGAACCACUACUAGAAUUCCUUUGCAGUCUGCCUGGGCCAACAGGCAAGCCAGCUUUGGAGUUCGUAAUGUCAGAAUGGAUGAGUCGACAACAUUUGUUCUAUGGGCAAUAUGAAGGCAAAGUUAGCUCUGUAGCCUUGUGUAAACUUCUUCAGUAUGGCAUCAAUACAGAUGAUAAGCGUCUGCAAGAUAUCAGAGUAAAGGGAGAAGAAAUAUUUAACAUGGAAGAAGGAAUACGCACACGAUCAAAAGCAGCCAAAAAUCCUGAACGUUGGACAAACAUUCCUUUGUUGGUUAAAAUCUUAAAACUUAUAAUAAAUGAGCUCUCUAAUGCAAUGGAAGCAAAUGCUUCUCGGCAGACAGCUGCAGAAUGGAAUCAAGAGGAAUCCAAUGAUAUGUGGGAAGAUCAAGAAGAAGAUGAUGAAGAGGAAGAUGAGGAAGGGUUAACAGGACAGUUAUUGUCAGAUAUUCUUGCUACAAACAAAUAUGAUGAAGAUUACUAUGAAGAUGAGGAUGAGGAUGAUCCAGAUGCACUGAAAGAUCCUCUGUAUCAGAUAGACCUACAGGCUUAUCUUACAGACUUCUUAUGUCAGUUUGCACAGCAACGUUGCUAUGCAAUGUUCUCAGACCAUCUCAAUGAGAAUGAGAGAAGAGUUCUUCAGACCAUUGGCAUUUAAAAUGAGACCUUUGAUAUCAUACCUGGACAAUAUUUUUUUCUGUUUUAUCUCAUGUUUUGUGACUUAAACAUGAAAUAUCUUCCAUUAUUCAACAGAUGUUAGAAACGUGAUUAUCUUAAUUUUGAAGUACUGUUCCCUCUCCUAUGUAGGCUUAAGAGAGAAAAGGCUGACAAGACAAUAAGAGGCAGAUGUGCACAGACUUUUGCACACUGGAUUCGCACAACGGGAACACUAUUUUUCAGAUCAGCUUUUCCAGAAGAUUAAAAUAAUGUGCCCUGCCACCAACUUUGUUUCCUCCACUGAAAAGGCACUUCACUGACUUUUCAUGGCACAACUUAUAGAAUGAAGAAGUUGUGGUUGUUACUAGUUUGGAUGUGUAGAAAAACUGAGAAGUUUGUCCUACUUCGCACUUGUGUUACACAGGGUAAAUAUCUUGAUCUUGCAGAUGACAUCUUUUUAUAGUCACUUGCACAAAAUGGAAUCUGCUUACAGUACAUCAGCUUGGAUUAAAACCUGCAAAAAUAAAUUAAGCUAAAUCGUUUUUUCCAUUUACAGAUGGAAGUGAUGGCUUAUACAUGGGCUCUACCACUUACAUAAUUCUUUACUAAAGCUACUAGGUACCAAACUGAGCAGACUCGCUACAUUAAAAAAAACAACUCAGUUCCUGUGGUUACUGAUAACUGGUUUUGCAACCAAACUUUUUUUAUAUGAAAUCUCAAUUGUAUUUAACGUGUCUAUUUACUUCAUAAAUAUGAUCUUCAAAUAGCUUUUGCCUGUUUCACACACAAGAAGUAUACAAAAUGACUAAGUUAGUCCAUAAAUUAGUAUAUGUAUUUUUAUAAGGCAGUAAAAUUAACAUUUACUGGCAAAUCUGCAAGUAAGUACAAUGACGCAUCUCACAACACCUCUUUGCCUUUAUCUCCCUUUUUGGAGACAUUGAAUAAAACUGUUCAAACUUA